AUGGGCGCCGAGUGGCUGCGCUGCCUCCUGCUGGGCUGCUGCUUGGCGUGGCGCUGGGGCAGCAGCGCGCAGAAGGCGGCGGCGCUGGGCGGCGGCGAGUACUGCCACGGCUGGGUGGACGCGUACGGCAGGUACUUCGAGGGCUUCCUUUGCCCGGAGCGCUACGACACGCCGGACGCCACCAUCUGCUGCGGCUCGUGCGCUCUGCGUUAUUGCUGCGCCGCCGCCGAGGCGCGCCUGCAGCAAGGCGGCUGUACCAACGACCGCGAGGCGGAGCAGCCGGCGGGGAGCGCCCAACCAAUCUACGUACCAUUUCUCAUCGUUGGGUCAAUAUUUGUCUCCUUCAUUUUCGUGGGUUCCUUCGUUGCCGUUUAUUGUUGUACUUGUUUAAGGCCUAAGCAAACCUUGCAGCAGCCAAUAAGAUUCUCUCUUCGAAGCUACCAGAUGGAGACUUUACCAAUGAUCCUGACCUCAACUAGCCUGAGGACUCCAUCAAGACAAUCCAAUACUGCAGCCAGCUCCAGUUGUACAGCAGGCUCUGUCCGCAGGUUUUCCUUUGCCAGGCCUGACUCUGGGUACAUAGUCGCAUCUUCACCUCCGCCGUACACAGCAGGCUGUUUACAAAUGGGCCAUGCAAUCAACCUUUCCCAGCCAUCUGGAUUUUUGGUGUCAGCGCCCUAUUUCUCAUAUCCUCUUGACUCAGAGCCAUCUCUGACUGGGAAGAGUGUCCCAGAUCUUAGCCAGAGCUGAAAGAAGCUUUCAGAAUGGAAUGUUAAGAAAGAAGCACAAGUAACGUCAACUUCAUGCAGUUUUUACCAUGUGUGCUCUGGUUAUGGGAUUGAAAACUAUGUGAAUGGAUGAGUUGAUCCUUUCAAAGUACAAAUUCUUGCAAGAAAUGUUUUUCAAAGAAAGAACAUUUAAAUGAUGUUGAGCUCAGAGCUGAAUACACAUUUGCAAACGAUAUAGCAAUAUUGUUUUCAAAGAAGGUCAUCUGACAAUGGUGAUUUAAUGCUGGUGACUAAAAUCUCCUCUUCAGUGUCUGUUUUGAACUGCAUAUCUAAUGUGAACAGAACUUAAAGUGGAAUAAGGCAUUAUGGCUGCAAUCCUAUAUCCACAUCUGGGAAUAAGUUUCACUGAAUUCAGUGGGACUUACUUCUGAGUAGACAUGUCUAAGGCUAUGCUGUCAGCAGGCAGAUGGUUUGAAAAGUUUAUUUAGGUAAUGGUAGCACUAUUGACUAUUUCAUUGGGAAAUUUAGACAUACAAUAAACUUUCUCCAGUGGGACAGUGUAUUCCUGAUUAACCUUAUUGAUUUUAUAGGAUGUUUUAUAAACAAUUUUCACCAGAAUUAGUAUCAAGUUUUAUUAAAGGAAUGGUUUUAUAAAUAGGUAUUGAAAGUUUGGGGAAAUAAAAUAGCAAGUUAUAAAAUAAUAUGAGGUUAAUGGUUCCAAGUAUCAGAAUUUUUUUUUGGAAAGGCAUCACAACUCCAGUCUUUACAUAAGCUUUCUGGAAAGCCAGGAAAAAGAGAUUUAAGAUGAGGUGUUCCAAAUGUGUGACAGUAUGGGGAACUUUGUUGGUACAUGGGAAAGUGACUGACUUUGCAGGCAGAUGCAAUAAUACAGAUAUUUAGAACUACAAUUUUAAUUAUUUUACUAAUGUGUUUUAGCUGGAACUAUGGACACAUUUUUUUCAGUCAAGAGAGAAGAUGCAAUACAACUUACAAACUAUACCCUAAUUUCACUGAUUAUCAAUGUAAAAUGUUAAAAUACUAUAGGAAUCAUUAGUCUUAUGUAUUUUUGCUGGAAUGUAUUUAUUCUGUUUUGUUCUGCAACUUGAGAACACAAGUUGGACAAGUGGUUUUGGCUUUAUUUAUAACAUUAGUACUAUAUAAAAUAAUGUUUAA